AUGCCUCCAGUGCCGUCUCCGGAGACUGCGCUUACAGAGUACCUGAGCGCUCUGCAAGCUGCACUCCAGCCGCCCACCAACCAAGCCGCUUCGCUGCCUGGCCCCUCUGAUCUCACCUUCCACCGCACAUUGAAUCGUCAGCUGCCGUCGAUCAUUCAAGACACUUCGAUCUCGAUACACACGCUGCUCAAUAGGUUGCUGAUCGCCACCGGGGGUAUCGAGGAGGGAGAAGAGCUGGACGAGGCCGCCAUUGAUAGUGACAGGCUACCCGGUGUGAUCGAUGAUGUCGUGGACAAGCUACUGGAAAGAGCAGACAAGUGCUUGGAUGAGUUCAAUGGCUUGAGACCGUUUUCGCAGUUUCAAGCGCGCUCUUCCCAAUUGGCAGCGGGCAAAGGAAUCGAAGAUGACGAGUUUGGAGAUGGGCCUCUUCCUCCGCACAUCCUGAAUGCCAACAUUUCGCCACUCCCGCAAAGCAAGUGGGCCAAGCCGGACAACUCCCGAGACGCACCCUGGCAUCACACGCUGAAGCACAAACCACACGCACUGGUGCCGCUGGAGGAGACGCCCCAGCCUGUUGCAGGCGCACCCAUUCAGCCACCUCGAGCGGGGAUGUAUUGCGCAGAGGGCAGACCAGAGGAGAACCCGUACUUCCACGAGAUUCACGCAUUCAAGGUGCCCGGUCAUGCUCUAGAAGUACCUGCAGAGCCAAAGCCUCCGCCGCCUAUCAAUGGCAAAGAUCCCGCCAAAGACCUGACUUUUGUGGAUUCCUUGGAGAAAUUGGAGGCGCUGAAAGCACAUUUGGAAGAGAAUCGAGUGGAGGAGAUUGCGAUCGAUGUCGAACAUCACAAUUACAGAUCGUAUCAGGGUCUAGUGUCUUUGGUGCAGCUAUCGACACGAUGGGGCGACUACAUAAUCGACCCACUGGUGCCCGAAGUCAGAGCGCAGUGUCAUCGGCUUAACACAGCUUUUGCAAAUCCCAGCAAGGUCAAGGUGUUACACGGAGCAGAGCAUGAUGUUCUUUGGCUGCAGCGAGAUCUAAGCUUGUACCUUGUCGGGCUCUUUGAUACCUAUCACGCUUCCGUUGCCCUUGGUCUGCGACAGAAGAGUCUCGCCUUCCUCUUGGACCGGUACACGGGCUUCACCGCGGACAAGAGGUGGCAAUUGGCAGAUUGGCGUAUCCGACCUUUGCCGCGACAGAUGCUCUAUUAUGCUCGCGCAGACACGCACGCGUUGCUUUACGUUUACGACGCUAUGCGUACAGAGCUCGCCCAAGCCGAAGUCGAAGGCAUUCCUGUGCUCGGCAAGAAGGACAACAUCGUCAACGUGUUCGAAAGGAGCAAGCAGACGGCCGCACGAACUUUCGCAAAGGAGGUUUGGGAUCCAGCGGGCGAGGGCAGAGAAGGAUGGCAAGCUUUGUGGCUCAAACAUGGCGGCCUCGAGGCUGCGAAUGUGACGGAACGUUACGCGAAAGGCGGCGCGGAUGGGCUUGCUAGGACCGAAAGAUUGGUGCGAAGGCUGCAUGACUGGAGAGACCGCGCUGCGAGAGAGGAGGACGAGAGCCCGAGGUGAGCUGCUCAUGUAUGCGUAGGCUAUAACGAUAGGCAUGCUGACCUUGCCUCGAUCGAACAUGUAGAUACGUUUUGAGCGCUGUUCACCUCGUCAACAUAGCAUCGCGAGCGCUCAGCACGGCGCAAGAUGUGACGAGUGCUAUCGGUAGAGGUCUGAAGCACCGAUCGGCCGACAUUGCGAGGGAGGUCCGAGCUGAAUUGUUCCAAUACCAAGAAGCUCAAUUGGCGAAAGAAGCCAAGGAGAGGGCGAAGUUGGCCGCAGGUGCUGAUGCUGAGGAGGAGCUCGGUGAAGCGGUUGCUAGGGACAGCCUGCCCAUCGCUGCUGUUGCUCCUUCUACACCGUCUUCUCCAUCCUCCUCCUCUUCCAAAAGCGAAAGCGGGAGUUCAUCUUCGGACAGCUACGAUCCGGCGCCCGCACCAAGCGUUGUUACAGCUUUGUGGGAUAAGCUUACUACGACGAAUGACAGCAUUGCUCAGCUGAAUCAACAGCAACCCACAAUUGCAGCUCACGAGCCGAGCGAGAGUCGUGCUGGGCCACACUGGCUAUUUGGACAUCGAUCUCACAGCGACGAAUCCGCAUCUGUUGGUCCUGUUAAAGGUCUGCCCUCGCAGUCACCGACAUCUGGUCUAGCAGGCUCCGAUCAGUCUCAGCGUAUCAAAGCUAGCUUCGGCUCCGUCUUGGCCAGGCUUCUUGGAGGUGGCAAAGCCACAGCAGCCCAGACUACUUCCGAUCAGCUGGUUCCUAGCGCAUCUACGGAUGCUGCUCCACAAUCGAACGAGCGUAUCAAUGGCGCGAACCCCGUCGAAUCAAUUUCGGUGGAACGGGUCGAGCUGCCUGCUUCGCAUGAGCAAUCGGCACUGCAAUCCGGUGCUCAAGGCUCGUCGAGAGGCGCCUCUUCUUACGACGAUGAUUCUUUGGGGGACAUCGUGCAAGUGAGCAAGAAGAAGAAGACGAAAGCAAAGUGGUCAACGGAGCAAAAAGCAGCAGCAAAGAGAGCCAGAGAGGAGUCAGCGAGCGAAGAAGCUGUCGAGUUGGAAGCGCUGGCAAAGUUGAAUGGACGCGGACAGACUAGUGGAGCUGCUUCCAUGCGCAAGCCGAAGACAGAGUUCAAAGCAUUCGAUUAUGACAAUGCUGUGUCCGUGCUGGAUGCGCCGAGGCCCAAAGAGACCGGUCUGCGUGUGGCUGAGCGUCCCCGCAAGAAGGAAAAGAAGCAGAAGAAGGAUCCAUCCGAAGUGUCUGCUAGCAGAAAUCGCAGCGAUUUGGGCACUGGCAAGAGCAUGCACUUUGCCUCGUGAGAUCGAUCUUCACACACACAUGUACACUCAAUCAAUGAUGACACUAGAUCAAGUCGACUGGUAA